GCUCCUGAUUGGUGGAGACGCGCCGAGGUGAAAGGGCGGCCCGUAGGCCGCUUGAGGUAGAGCUCCGGAGGCUGAGCCGACGAUGAUGGCGGCGGCGGCCUCUCUGCGCCGGGUGGGCGCUUGGCAGCAGCGGCAACAGCAGCAGCGCGGAGCUCUGGAGCGGCUGUUCGGGGCGCGAGCGUGUAUUGUACAACAUUUAAAAUGGAGAUGGUACCUUAUCACUUCUCGUGGGCUGCACUCCACAGCGUAUGAUCCAAAUGAAAAGACAUUUGAGAAGCUUCUUAUUGCCAACAGAGGAGAAAUUGCCUGUAGAGUAAUUAAAACAUGCAAGAAGAUGGGUAUUAAAACGGUUGCUAUACACAGUGAUGUUGAUUCCAGUGCGGUCCAUGUGAAAAUGGCGGAUGAAGCAGUCUGUGUUGGCCCAGCUCCCACUAGUAAAAGCUACCUCAACAUGGAUGCUAUCAUGGAAGCCAUUAAAAAAACCCGGGCCCAAGCUGUCCAUCCGGGAUAUGGAUUCCUAUCUGAAAACAAAGAAUUUUCUGGCCGUCUGGCAUCAGAAGGUAUUGCUUUCAUUGGACCAGACAUGCAUGCUAUUCAAGCAAUGGGGGACAAGAUAGAAAGCAAACUCUUAGCCAAGGAUGCAAAGGUCAACACUAUACCUGGUUUUGAUGGGGUGGUCAAGGAUGCAGAUGAAGCUGUCAGAAUUGCAAGGGAAAUUGGCUACCCCGUCAUGAUCAAGGCUUCAGCAGGCGGUGGUGGGAAAGGCAUGAGAAUUGCGUGGGAUGAUGAAGAGACCAGGGAAGGUUUUAGAUUUUCAUCCAAGAAGCUGCUUAAGUUUGGUGAUGAUCGAUUGUUAAUAGAAAAGUUUAUUGAUAUCCCGUACAUAGAAAUUCAGUUCGUAUUGGCUGAUAAACAUGGCAACGCCUUGUGGCUGAAUGAAAGAGAGUGUUCUAUUCAGAGGAGAAAUCAGAAAGUUAUUGAAGAAGCACCAAGCACUUUCCUGGAUCCUGAGACACGCAGAGCUAUGGGAGAACAAGCAGUGGCUCUUGCAAAAGCUGUAAAAUACUCAUCUGCUGGAACAGUGGAAUUCCUUAUAGACUCAAAAAAGAAUUUCUUCUUCUUGGAAAUGAACACUAGACUUCAGGUUGAACAUCCCAUCACAGAAUGCAUUACCGGUCUGGACCUAGUCCAAGAAAUGAUCCGUGUUGCCAAGGGUUACCCUCUGAGGCACAAACAGGCUGAUAUUCCUAUCAACGGCUGGGCGGUUGAAUGUCGAGUAUAUGCUGAGGAUCCCUACAAAUCUUUUGGUCUGCCAUCUAUUGGUAGAUUGUCUCAGUACAAAGAGCCGCUGCAUGUGCCCAAUGUACGUGUUGAUAGUGGCAUACAGCAAGGAAGUGAAAUCAGCAUUUAUUAUGAUCCUAUGAUUUCAAAACUGAUCACCUAUGGAUCCAACAGAGCUGAAGCUUUGCGAAGAAUGGAAGAGGCCUUGGAUAGUUACGUUAUUAGAGGUGUGGCCCAUAAUAUUGCAUUACUACGGGAAGUGAUCGUCCAUCCACGCUUUGUCCAGGGAGACAUCAACACAAAAUUUCUUCCAGAUGUGUAUCCUGAUGGCUUUAAAGGACACACGUUGAAGGACUCUGAAAAAAGGGAGCUACUGGUAACAGCGGCGUCUUUGUAUGUGCUUGAACGACUUAGAUCACAGAGAUUUCUGGGAACUCCAAGGGUGUCUAUUGUUCCACCUGAUGCUAACAACUGGGAGCUCUCAAUCCAGCUGGGGGAAACAACUCACUCAGUUAUAGCUUCAUGUCAAGGGUCUACAUUCUUGGUGGACGUCGACGGGAUAAAACUUAGUGUGACUGGGGAGUGGAACUUGGCUUCAGCCCUGCUGUCUGUCAAUGUAAAUAGUGUUCAGAGGACUAUACAGUGCCUUUCCCGUGAUGCAGGUGGAAAUCUUAGCAUUCAGUUCCUUGGCACAGUGUACAAGUUACGUAUUCUGACCAAGCUUGCUGCGGAGCUCAGCAAACACAUGCCAGAGAAAGUGGUAGAGGAUACCUCCAGCAUCCUGAGAUCGCCCAUGCCUGGAGCAGUGGUGGCAGUUUCCGUAAAGCCUGGAGACAUGGUUGCAGAAGGUCAGGAGGUCUGUGUGAUUGAAGCUAUGAAAAUGCAGAACAGUUUGGUUGCUGCUAAAACUGGCAAGGUGAAAGCUGUACAUUGCAAAGCUGGUGAAACUGUCGGGGAAGGAGAUGAGCUUGUGGAACUGGAAUGAAACUAUUUAUUUCAUAUGUUGCCACAAUUGACUAGCACCUUCUAUGUUCCUCCACAAAUUCAAAUGAACAUUAAGGUAGCAAGCAAAUUAUGUAAACUAAAACGAUGCUAUGGUAUUUUUUUAAACUAUCUUAAACAAGAGGCAAGGGUCCAUAUGGUUUACCUUGCUGAGACUGAACUUAAAAUUGCCUCUGGAUCUCAUAUCACUCCUUUUAUAAAUACCUGUACAUAAGGGAUUUGUAAUUCUCUUCUGCAGUUCUACUGCUAUCAAACAAAUUAAUAAAAGCAUUUUUGCAUAUAAA